AUGUCUGAUCCGAAUGGUGCUGGGGACGGAGCAGGAGAUGCUGCUUCGGUUUUCGACGCCAAAUUGGAAGAAGAACAGUGCCGUGCUGGCAGCAUCGUUCUAUUCAGAAGGGCUCGCACGCAGGUAAAAUUUUCGUCGAGCAGUGAUGAAUCUGAAGCAGCAGAGGUGUUUCCACGAGAGACAUGUAAGAAACUGCGCGCGCAGGUGCGCGCCCUCAGCACCGAGAACUGCCAACUGCGUCGCAGCGUCGAGCAGCUGCGUCAGCACGCCAGCGCGCCGGCCACCGCUGCUCCCACCAGGGGCAGCAAGAGGGCGGAGCCGCCGCGGCUCGCGUCUGAGGUGGCGGCCGCGCAGGUCAGCGAGCUGAGCCGCCGGCUGCGCGACAUGUGCGCAGAGCUCGAGGCCACCAGGAACCGUCAGCGCGCCGCCGAGGACAAGGUGUCGUCGCUGACAGCGGAGGUGGAGCGCUUGCGGUGCGCGCCGGCCCCUCCGACGCCGGCGGCGGCAGCGGAGGGCGAAGGCGCGCCCAGCCCGGAGGAGCAGGUGCGCCAGCUGGCGGAGCGGCUGUCCGCCACCAACGCCAAGCUGUGCGACAGCCGCAGCCAGUGCGCGCAGCUGCGCAGGGAACUGCAGCUGGCGCAGCGCGCUCUCGCCAACGAGGUGGGGGAGGCGGUGGCAGUGUCUCAGCUGGGGUCGUUCCGCGGGCGCGCGCAGCAGAUCCUGCAGCUGCAGCGGCGCGUGGCGGAGCUCCAGGACAGGCUGUCUCAGCAGCAGCAGCAGCCGGGGCAGGCCGCCUCCAGCAGCGGAGACCACGGCGUCAGCCCGGCGCAGAGCCAGCUGCUGCAGCAGAUGGAAAAGGAGCGGCGGGCGGCGCACGAGCAGACGGUGGCGUCGCUGCGCGAGACGCAGCUCCAGCUGGAGGACUCCAGGAGGCGGCUGGAGGGGCAGCGCGCCCGCACCAAGGUGCUGGAGGCGGAGCUGCGCGACCUCAAGCAGAAGAUGACAGUACUGCUGGAGAAAGGCGAACACGACAACCAGCUGGUGGCGGCGCUGACAGCGCAGCUGCGGUCAGCAGAGGAGGCAGCGGAGGACAAGCGGGCACUGCUGACGGUGGAGGCUGAGCGCAUGCGCGAGCGCGGCAGGCAGUUGGAGGACGACCUGGCGGCGCUCAGGGCACAGCUGACCACGCAGACGGCGCAGCUGGCGCAGAGGGACAGGCUGGUCGAGCAGCUGCAGCUGCGCCUGGACCAGCUGGAGCAGCCCAAGGUGGAGGGCAGCGUGUGCGGCAGUCCGCGCAGCGCGCCCUCGGAGUGCGGCUGGGGCAGCUACGCGCCGGCGCUGCAGGCGGCCGAGGCGGAGCGCCGCCGCCUGCUGGAGCUGGUGGCCGUGCUGCACACGCGCAUGGACGAGCGCGACCAGGCCGCCGCGCAGGCCGACGCCCGCUGGCGCCAGGAGCGCGCGCGCGCCGCCCAGCUGCAGACCAAGCUGGAGCUGCUGCAGGAGGAGGUGGCGCUGUUGCGCACCAGGGUGGACGUGCUGCGCAGGGAGAAGGAGGACGACCGCGCCAAAUACCUGUCGCUGCUGCAGCGCUCCUGGGACCAGGUGCCUUUCUUCUUGUCAUCUUCAGUCUGA